AUGGUUAUAUGUAGCAGUAUUAGUGAAAUAGGCACUAGACCAUCACAUAAUCCACGUUUAAGUUCUGGAUCAUUUAUAAAAAUGGCACCGAAACCUCACUCGCUAACAAAUUAUAAUACUACCAAACAAGGUUCUUUUUUAUCGACAGCACCAAGUACAAUCUCAUCGAAAGGAUUCCGUUUACAAGAACAACAAGAUGAUACGGGUAGUGUUUACUCCCUGUAUAAACAAAAAAUCGAUUCGAUGUUUAACGAACCGGAUUCGAUAAGUAAUAUUUAUCAAAGUAAUAUUAAUAAUACAGUUCAACAACGAAUUGAAAAAAUGUUCUCUGAUAUUACAAUGACAGAGAAUCCGAUUUACCAUCAUCAAGAUACCGCCACGCAUUCUUUUACGGUUGAUUAUCUUGGAUCGAUACCAUUAGGCGAUAAGGUUACAAGUUUAGCAGGUUUACAAGAACCAUUAAAAGAAUUAUACUUCGCAUAUCGUAAAAAUAUUAAACAUAAAAAAGUACUGACAGGUCGUUUAGAAAUAUCUCAAGGUGGUUUAAAAGUACUGUAUCAAGGAGAAAAAGGUGAUUUAGAACAAUUAAAUACAUUCCCAACAAUAGCUGUAUGGUCAGCUGUAAAAUUUGUUAUAAAUCGUAAUCGUAAUAUUGAGUACGCAUUCUUACCAUUAAUCACAGACCCCGAUAACAUUAAUAAAAAUGUAUUAUUUCGUACGCUAGAUCAACAUGAUCAAAAAUACAUUUUAAAUGAAUUACAUUCACCGUUAUUUACGGUUGUUAUGAGAAAAUUCGGGGUCGCUAAACAAUUGGAAUGUCACGGUUUUGUGUGUCAAACUUCCGAGGAUGCAAUUGUGAUAGCAGCUACAUUGUACAAAAGUUUAAUGAGUUUUAUGACACGUAAAAAUAAGGAAGCAAAAUUACCGCGAAAUCGUAAUGGUAUCAGUUGUGUAAGUAUUGCAAGUACUAAUAAUGAUGGGAAAAGUUAUGCGGAAAUUAAGCCAAGUAUUCCGGUACGACCACCGAGAAAAAAACGUAGUACUACAUCGUCUAUUGUCAGUACUGAUAGUCAACGGGUGCGAAAUACUGUGUCAAGUAAAACUAAACGUGCAGGUCCAAAAAUUCCUGAACCUUCUCGACAAAUUAAGAAUGAGCCAAGACAGUAUCAAGCCGAUUUAGAUGCUAUAGUGCCUUAUCCAGAUUCGUCCGCUGAAUACAAUACUCCAAAUAUACAAAAUCCACAAAAGAAUAAUGAAGAUUUAAUCAGAGAUUUUCAAAAUAGUCAAAAAAAUAUGUCAACUUUAUAUGAAUGGCAAAAACGUCAACAAGAUGAUGAAUUUCACAAUAAUAAAUCAACUACUGACACAGAGCCGGAACGUGGUUUUCAACGAGCACAGAGUAUUCGAAAAUCUGAUAAAGAUAAAGGAAUUAUGUCAAAUAUGAAUCCUGAAAAUACAGGAGAUAUUUUUACUAAGGUUACAAUUCCUCGAUCUGGUAGUUUUUUAAAUGCAAAAGGCUUGACAAAGUAUAAAUCUACAAUGAGCAGAAAUAAUGGUCAAGCCAGUGGUGGAUCACCUUUAGGAUUUAGCGAAUUGUUUAAUGAAUUUCGAGUACAAGAAGGUUUAAAUUCUUUGGAUGAAAUAUUAGGUGCCAUAAUUGAUUCCGAGGGCAUGUCUUUCAACGAUCUCAAGCCUAUAUACAAGGAAUUCCUACUAAAAUUGGCAUUAACUUUAACAAAAGAUGAAUUAUAUCAACGAUCCAAGAGUAUAAUGCGCAGACAAAAGAAAAAGUUACUACGACGAAAUAGUUCAAAUCAAAAUAAACGUAAAAAAAUGAUUAUUGGGGCAAAAGGGUUGCGAAAAGUGUUUCGACGUUCAUUUCGUGUACGAUUUGGACAAAAGUUUCGUAGUUCCAAGAAAAAUUCUCCUAGACGUAAUAGUUUCGAUUAUGUUACAGCAGCAAAAAAAGCUAUAGCAAAUUCGGGAAGUAGUAUUUCAACAUCCUCGUAUGAUACACGACAAUUUCAACCCAAAGAACAACAGGAGAAGCAAGCAACAUUGAAUCAAACAUACCGAAAGCCUGAAAUCAGCCAGAUAAUUCGUGAAACAAUUCUUAGCACUUCUGAAGAAAGUGAUUUUUUAAGUUUACAAAGAAACCGUCAAAAAUGUAACAGUCAAAAUUGUAAUACAAACACUCAAAAUAGAAAUUCAUCCAGUGGUUAUGUCUCUUGUUCCGAAUGCAGUUAUGAUAGUGAUUCGUGCACUUGUGUAUCAGCAGAUAAGUGUUAUUGUUCUUUGGGUCAAAAGAAUGGCACUCUUGAUGUGAGACCACAUCUCAAAAACACAUUAACGUCUUGUAAAUCAGAAGACAAAUGUUACUGCAGUAUAGACAAAACAAAUAUUUGUAAAAAAAAGUUAGCAAGCGAAGCCCAACCAUCUAAAUCCGUAGAAAAUAAUUUUUACCAAUCACUAAGCGGUCCACCAAAAAGUAGGCUUAGUAAUCCAAUGCCAAUAUCCAAUGAUAAUUUCAGUACGAAAAAAGUACAUAGAUAUUAUAACGAUAUAGCUAAUUUACAAAAGAAAUCAAUGAAACCAAGAGGAAAACACUGUUACUGUUCCAACGAUAAUCAAAAUCCAGAAUCUUUAACUUGGUGUGGUUGUGAUACGGACAGUUGUACUGAUAGCAAUAAAUGUUAUUGUCAAACUGACUUAUUCAAACAAGAAGGUACCAUUUUUGAGCAAUUGAAACAACGUGGUUUUAUUCCACAAUCGGAGAACUUAAAUACACCACCUGCUGAAAGAAAAUUAAGCAAAAAGAAUAGUCAUUCUAAAAGUACAAAAAGUUCUAAAAGUUUGGAAUAUUUACGUAACCCAGAAGAAUCUCCAUCAUAUUGUAAUUAUGAUAAUAAUCGUACAAAAUCAAAAGCUGAUUACUUUACAAAAGAUUCGAAACGAAGUUAUAGUUCAGAUAAUUUAGCAUUAGAUUAUGAAUUAUUUACAGUUACAAAUUCAAAGCGAAAAAAUGGUAUUCCCAAGCAAAAAGGACGAACUGCCAGUGAAUGUGGAGGUCUUAAAUCAGUUUUUAAAGCCUCUGACUCAAUGAGAUCGUACAAUAAUACUCGUACAUACUCGACUCACAGUUCAGGCGUUGAUGGAAAUCACGAAGCUUUAAGUGUAAAGAAAAGUGCUGAAAUUGCAGCAAUGUUUGCUGAUGUAAAAUUAAGUCAGACAACAGAUAUAACACAUUUAAUGUCACCUGAUUACGAACAUGAUAGAAAGGAGUUACCGCAUAUUGCGAAUUUAAACUCCCGAAUCAACAAUCAUGUAGAACAACAACGUAAAGCAUUAUUGGAACAGCAAAAACAAAAUUAUCGUGAAAUAUUUGCGAAUAAUUACUGUAUUAAAUCGUGCAAUAGCAUUACCAGUAAAAAUAGUAUUGCCAGUCGCGCUAGCAAUGCGUCAAAAACAAGUCGAAAUAGUUCAACAAGUCGUAAAUCGAAUAAUAAAAAUGAUUUAUUCAGUGCAAAAAAUGGUCUUUAUACCAUACAAAGUCAAUCAGAUGAUAGUCGUCAUAGUAGCGCAAAAGAUAAGCAGGCGAAUAAAUCAAAUCAAUUUGAAUGCAACUCUGAAUAUGUGCCAACACAAAAAAUCCUUAGUUCUAAUUUAGAAAAUAGUUUAGGUUAUUUACCUUAA